CUCGAAAAAAUAUCUUCGAUUUAUGAGUUUAUUUUUAAAGAUAAUACUACCUUAAUAGCAAAUAACCUGAAUCGAUCUCGCAUAAUAAUAGAAAAAGACGUAAUUCAAGCAAAGCUUGAGUGGAUAAAGCGCAUACUUUAAAAAAUUGCAAAUAUCAAAAAUAAGCAAACAUUUUUCGUAUAAAUGUUCGGAUCCUUUAUAACAGUCUCAAAAUCGAUUUGGCACAACUAUUUUUAUUGUACACGUAGUUGUUUUUUAUUCUGGUUAAGAAUUUCCUUAGCUUUACCAUGAAUAAAACACAAAUAGUGAUAAAGAAGGCUGUAGGAAAAUUCACUUUUUUAUCUUAGCAAAGUAGAUAUGGUUGAUUAAAAUCACAAAACUCAAAUCGGGUUAUAAACUCCCAAAAAAUAUUGAUUAGUAAAUUGUAACUUUAUUUGUGUUUGCAGAAUUAAAUUUGAAACAUAUUUUUACAAAUAAAAUUAUGACAUUAAAGUCAAUCUUUCUAUGGUUAUAUUUCAGCCUUUGACCUGAAGUUUUAUUUAGUUCAGAGUCCAUAAAAUCAGAUGAAAUCUGGCUCAACUGAUUUUAGAUAUCGCUAGUGAGCUCGUGUUUUUUGAACCCUAAAAUUCAUUUUUUUUCGAGGCAUAAGUUGCACCUGCUGAGAUAUUAACACAGGGGCGCCAGCCCUUUACAAGAAGCAUUGUUAUCCUAGCCAACUAGAUCGCAAGCCCGCCAACUUAAGUCAACAACGUCACCAGAGCGUGUUCCCUAGCUAACCUGCACGGGAAGAACAGGAGGAAAAAAAGAUCGGUCAAGGAAAAGGACGAGUUCCCAUGGCAACCAAACAAGAGGGUUCAGGCAACAGCCCUAGAGAUAAGUUCCACAAUCACACGAUAAAGGAUAAAAGAACGCUUAGUGACGGGUCAGGGACGUCCACUGAGGACCGCACGCCAUUCCAACGUGCUGUCCGUAAGGUCACCAAACAAAACAAGGAAAACCGUGAGAGCCACGGCCUCGCGCGACUCCAAGCCGUCAUUGACCAAGCACGUGAUCACGCAGCAUUACAGACUGGACCGCAGUGGACUCGAGAUCGUCCGGACGGGGGGAUGGCGGAUGGCGAAACCCGGGCCGCGGUGACAACUAAAACUUCGUUGCUGUGGAAGUUACCAAGAGAGGUUAUAAGAUCACAUGUUCGUGAUGAGAUGGAGGAGAGUAUUGAUAUCAUGAUUCGUAAGUUGGCUGAAAUUCAACAUCUGGAGAAUGUUAAACAAAGUGAACAGGCUCUUAAAGAAGCUGCUGAGCGGGUAACAAAGGCUCAUGAUCGAGAAAGGGACAUUAACCGUAUGGUACAAGAACUGAAGGCCCGGUUCCGGGAAGAGCUCGGUUUUAAGGAAACAGGCAGGGUGUUGAAAGAGGAGAGGGAUGCGACUGGUAACAAAGAUGAGAAUUCUUUGAAAGUAGCACGUAAACCGCAGGACAUAGGGGGUGUCCUAUCGGUCACUCGAGCAAGAAAAGCUGGAAAAGCCUGGAAGAAAAAAAUUGAUGGGCAGGUUAGCACUGACCAAAAUGCACUGGUUCCUAGCCUACCAAGUAUAAGUAAACUAGAGAAAAUACCAGAACUCGAGGGCCAAACAUUACUCGAUAAGGAACUGGACAAAAGGAGGCAAGAGGAAGAAGUGACCAAACAGGAACUGCAGGCUGUAAAACAGGAGCUUGAAAAGGAGAAAGAGUGGCGCAAGAAGACAGAAGUCCUGAUGACUAAGCAGAAGUCCAUGAUAGACGAACUGCGACAGGGGAUACAAGGGGAGAUAGCUAAGUUGCUCCAGGAACAGGCAAAGAGGCAUGAAGAACUACGAGCAAGUCUCACCAACGAGCUCGAAAACAGAACAGUAAAGAUUCCAGAAAACACAAGAAAUGGAAUAGAAGGCGAGGAAAUGAUGCCUCCAAGGGAAAAGAGGCCCAUAGAAAAAAGACCGGUGAAAAAUCCACUUAGAAUUCGUACCCAAGCACCGCCGGAUGAGUGGAGCGAAGACGACGACGAAGAAAACAAUGACGACGUGAUAACAAUCGUCAGUGAUCAUCCUGACGAUGACGACGAUGAAAAUAACGACGACGACGAUGACGAAAUUCCUACAGAUGAUGAGGCUGAUGACGACGAUGAUAGCGAUGACAAUGGCAUACAUGAUAGAAGAAAGAAGAGCAAGCAACCUGGAACGCCUGCCUAUUACAUUGCGUAGUUCAUCGUUGAUGAAUAGUUUAACGUAAAAUUGGUCGAUACAAUAGGAAGUGCUUACCGAACAAGGGGAGAGGGGAGGUGCCCAUAUGCCCAUCCAGGGAGAAGAAAAGCAGUAUUCACUUGACUGGGCCACACCCGAAAACUGAGUAAAACCCGGUUUGGAUACGGUGGCAAUAAAGUCAUAUCAUACGCAACAGACCAUAACAUGUUUCUCUCAGGGGAGAGGGCAUUGUACAGGAUGUAAAGGAACACUACCUCUCCACCAAAUUUAAUGGUCCAUCCCCAAUGUCUACAAUCACACUUUCAUGUAUUUCAUUCUCUUGUUUUAUUAUAUAUAUUCAGGACAUAAGUAUUGUAGAGUGUACGCACUAAUAUGUUUUGAAAUAUUGUUAUUGAGGGAUCAUUCUAUUAUGGACUUGCUUAUUAUUUAGUGCGUACAGUCUACAAAUGUACUAAUAAACAAUGUACAAAAGUAUGUACUGCAUCUCGCUAGUAAAACUGUAUUUCCCUUUCCAUACUGGAAAUAAUGAGCACAUCCUUGUAAGCCUAGAUUCGAAAGUCAACACGUCUUGUAACAUGUAUUUUCAAUAAAGUAUAGAGCAGCUUGGCA